AACCUGAACAUGUUGGUGGAGCUGGAGCGCAAGAACCGUCUGAUAUCGGAGGAGAAGGCGGUGCAGCUGCUCAAUGCCAUGAAGCGCAAGUACCGCAGGCAAGACGAACUUCUGCGGAGUGGCUACUUUGUGGCCAGCCCAAUGCGGAAACCCACUCCGAGAGCCUUCGUGGUGGAUGAGGCCAACGGUGACUGGAGAGAAGGCGGAGGAAGAGGAGGAAGGAGACGAGGCAUCGGUGCAAAGUGAACUGCAGCUGGUGCUUCGCGAGAAGCGCAACUUGGAGCAGGAGCUGGCCAAGGAGCGAGCCCUGUGUGCGCAGUACAAGGUGCAGCUCAACUCGGCUCUCUCGGAAGGCGUCCAUUGCAUGGAGGAGAUGCAGAAGAAGCACAAGGCCAAUGUGGACUCCUUCGACGAGGUCCGCAAGGAAGUCGCUGAGGCGGUGUCCAAGCAGCGGCAGGCUGAAGAAGCCCUGUCAGUGUGCCGUGAUGACUGCUCCCGACACCAGGCUACAGUGGGCACACUUGAGAAGGAGGUGGCCUUCCUCAAGGGGCAGGUGUCUGCAUCCAUGGACAAGAAAGCUGCUACUAACACUACUGCCGCCACCUGUGCUCGGUGCACCGCAUUGGUGACUGAAGUCAAGCGCCUCAGUGAGGAGAAGGCCAAGUUACACCGCGAGGUGACCGAACUGCGGUCCCAGCACCAGCGGCUCCUGGUGGCCUGGGAGUCCCAACGGAAGCAGGACAGCCAGCUGCAGAGAGAUGCCAACGGUCUGCACUCAGUUGUGACGCGUCUCGAAGGUGUCGUCAGCACUGUCGAAGCCUCCUGCACAGAGAGUGCAACUGCUGCACCACAGCAGAUUCUUGUCAAGCAAGCAGAAGAGCUCGAAGCUUUACGCAAGAAGACCUGCACAUUGGAAGAAGCCAAUGCCCGCUACAUUCAAGAGAUUGAGCAGUUAAAUGCUGAAGUCCAGGAGCUGACCAAGAAACCUGAAAUCUCAGCUCCUGCAAAUGCUGAAGUGAAUGGUGUCAAGACAGCUACGUCAUCGCUGGAGACCGAGCGCCAAGCCCUGCUCGAGUCCAGCAAGGCCUUGGAGGCCCAGCUGGCAAAGACACGGGAAUUCCUCUCCACGAGUCGCGCUCGCUGCGGGGAGUUGCAAAUGCAGCUGCGCAAGAAAGAAGAUGAGCUAUCUGAGUGCCAGCUGGACAGCCGAAUGGCCAAGCGGGAGGCCAAGCGGCUGGAGGAGAGCGAGCGGAUGGCACGUGAGCACCGAGACAGUCUGCAGGAGGAGAUGUCCGAGCUGCAGAAACAGGCCGAGGAACUGAGGGCACAGGUGACACAGCUGGAGCUCUCCCUGGCACUCGCCGAGAAGGAGGCCACUUCUGCUAAGCUGGCCCACGAGACAGAAAGGGCAAAGCUGGAAGAACGCAUUCAGAUGCUGAGAGACAGUUGUGUUUCGACAAAAGAUCUGGAAGCCAAGUGCGUCUCAAAGGCUGAUGAAUGUCGGGAGCUGACUGUGAAGUGCAAGGUGCUGCAGCUGGAAGCGCAGCGUGAGGCUGAGGUGCGCACGCAGGUGCUAAACAACUCAAAAGAGCUCGAAGAGGAGCUCAGGAAAGAACAGGCCAAGUCUGACAAGCUGCUCAAGACGCUUGAAGUGCUCAAAGAAACCUGUGAGGAGUUGGACAAGCAGGUGGUCGGCUACGAAAAGGAGUUGGCGGAGGCUGACAAAAAGAAUGAGGAGUACAGAGCUCAAUGGGUGGCGCACAAGGAAACCGUGGACAAGCUCAACAAGAAGAUCUUUGAGCUCAAGGAGUCCCUGUUGCUGGAGAAGACUAGCAAGCAGCGGCUGGAGGAACAGCUGCAGGAUCGUGCGCAGGGUGAGAAGGAGGCAGAAGCAGCCCUGGACUCCCUGCAGGGCCACCUGCGCGAGCGGGAGGCCCUCCUGCGGGAGCUCGGUGACCAGGUGGCCGACCUGAGGCGCCAGCUGGGCACGUACGAGGCCUCGUCUAAGGCCUGGCAGCGCAGGGAAGCUGCCUACCAGCAGGAGAUGGUCGCCAUCAAGGAAGAGGCAUCCCAUCACAUUACGACCAUUGCGUCCCUGAAAGCCAGCAAUCUGAAGUUGAGCCGAGACCUGGAGGAGUUUGAGACCACCCACAGGGAGACCCUGCAGUACCUGGAGAAAGUGGAGAGCGACAUGGAUGGGCAGAAGAGCUUUGCUGAGACUGAAAUCAUGAAGCUGAACCAGACCAUCGCACAGCAGACGAAGCUGAUCAACUUCCUCCAAGCCAAGGUCACCGAAAUGGAGAAAAAGAAAAAGAAGCUGUGGGGUGGCCGUGGCAAGGACGGCAUCUGCUGUGGCACAAACUUGGCACAGACGUCGACACUGGAAAGCAGCCUGAGCAAAUACCAGUCCAAGUGUCGUCAGCUGCAGGACGCUUUGGAUCGGAGCCGCUCUGAGGCCAUGAGCCUGCGCCAACAGCUGAACCAGGCACUGGCAGCAGCCGAGGCUCGCCAGAGCAACCCUCAAGCAUCUGAAACCGCUGCAGUGCCUACUUCUCCCAAGAGUCGAGCACUGCUCACUGCACUGACACUCUCUCCGAGUGUCAGCGGAGCUGCACGUACAGGGGUGGCCAAGGCCCAGGUGUCCCAAGAGGAUGUCGGCGAUGUCAGUGGGGAGAGCAGUGUGCUUCCCCCUCCGUCUCUGCGCAUGCAGCACAACAUCCCUCACCGUUUCCACGUAGUGCUGUGCAUGCGCCCCACCAAGUGCGCCGCCUGCCUCGAUGCCAUCCACUUUGGUCGCUACGCCUCUCGGUGCCAAGAGUGUGGUGCGGUGUGCCACCCCAAGUGUUCCACAUCUGUGCCCAGCACAUGCGGAGUCCCUGCCGAGUAUGUGCGCAAGUUCUCGGACACCAUGGCGACCGAGCGUUCCUUGAGCACCACGCCGCCGUCGAACCCCGGUCCGCACGUCAAGUUCGCGCCGAACGUGUGUGAGGUGACCUUUGACAGCUCGCUGCCUCGUGGCUGGGUCAAGGUGCUCAGGUGCAGUGGGGGGAAGCAGAACUGGCACAAGUGCUUCCUGGUGCUCUACCGUGGUGUCCUGUACCUCUUGGACCAAGUGUCGGAACCCAUUGGACCGGCGGGUGACAACUCGAACCAAACAGUAGAGGGAGAGGAUCGCUACGGAGAGACGCUCGAGUCCGCGUGCCAGGAGCGGAUACAGAUGUCCCCGUCGGACGGCGAGGUUCUGGUGAGCAGUGCCGUGCCUGCCACCGAGCUGACGGGCACUGCAAGAUCCGACAUACCAUACACCUUCAAGGUGGAGCUCAAGCCACACACCACGUGCUGGCCACCCAAGUGCCUGUACAUCAUGGUGCCAACAUUUGCUGAAAAACAGAUGUGGGUGUCUGUCCUCGAAAUGAGUGCUGGACACAACAUUGACCCUUCAAAAUGCAAUGCUGGUGACACAGUUUUGAGGCUUGGAGGUGACCAUGUCCUAGAUGUCAACUGUGUCCAUGAGCUGUCCUACGAGUAUGUUCUUCUGGGUGCCAUGGAGGGCCUUUACGUUGUCGACCUGGUAGCCAGGACUGUGCGGCGUCAAGUUGCAGCUGUUCCUGCUGUCUUCCAAGUUGCCGUGUGCACACAGCUGGGCAUAGGUCCUUGCAAUAUGCGCGAGCGUCAAGAGCGCAAGCUGAUGCUGACUAACUGGACAGCGAUGCAGCCUUGGGUGGAGACACUCGCAGGCAGAGAUGUUGCAGCUGAUCCACCGGAGUGGCGCCUGGUGGAGGAUGCAGAGGAGUGCCAUUUGUUUGCCACAUCACAGGACGGCACCACUCUGUGCAUGGCGACAGGCCGAGCCAUCUAUGUGCAUGUCUGGAAUGCCUCACGUGCUAACUACACCUGUCGAAAGGUGGCAAAGACCAGUGAGCCUUGUAGCUGCAUAUUAUUCACACCAUACACCAUCCUGGUUGGUUGUGACACUUUCUACGAGAUUGAUGCCAAAGACUUCACAGUUGAAGACUUCCUGGACCCCACGGAUCACUCGCUGUCUUUCUUGACGUACAGCGCGACGCAGCUGCGCAGCUUUCCAGUUUCAGUGCUGCAGGUUGCCCCACCCGAGUACAACCCCGAGUACCUGCUUUGCUUCCACGAACUGGGAGUGUUUGUGGAUGCUGAUGGCAGGCGCACACGUGAUGACCUGAAGUGGUCCAGACUUCCUCUCGCCUUUGCAUAUAAGUCGCCGCACCUGUUCAUCCAGCAUCUCAACUCAAUAGAAAUCCUGGAGAUCAAAGCCAGGGGUGCCAAAGAAAGCGGGUUGCAUCGCAUUGUGCUGGUCAGCAACCCUCGGUUCCUGGGCCUGUCCUCAGUGGGUUCCAUGUACCUGGCAUCAUUCCACAGCGGUCAGCUGGAGAUCAUCUCAGUGCACGCCACUGCCAACAGCCACGGUGACCAGGCACAGUUGCCUUUGAGCAGCCAGGAUGAGAGAAGCGAAGCUGGAGAAAGUGACGAGAUGCAGUUCUCCUUCACGUCGUCGGUGGUCGAGGCACUGGAGGAGUGAAGCUGUCCCAGCACGAGCGCACAUUUUUCAGCCACCGGUGGCCAAAAAUACUUGUAUACACGCGAUGAAUGUGAUAGGAAACAAGGCCACAGCUCCUUCCUCUUGUUCACACGUCACAUUUUUUAUUGCGUUUAUAUAUAUAUAUAUACGUGUAUAUUUUUACGUUUCAUAGAUCGUGAGAACCUCCGGAAAGUUUGUUUUUCACUGGAUGCCAUCUUGCACCAAGCAGUCUUACUUCCGCCAUCUGAAACAAAAAAAGAAGCACACUGACAACAGGCCAUAAUGCCCAAGCAAUGAGGCACACUUCUGGUUGCCAAAUUAUUUAGAAAUGCCCACAUUGAAAAAGCAUUUUGUGGAUGAAGUCAGGUAAAUACUUUUAUUUCUUCCGGAACACAAUGUACAGUACAAGUUUUAUAAUGUGUUUUAUCAAGUUUUAGUGGCGCCAAAUUGAAUAAAAACUGUAUUUUACCCUUG